AUGAAUCGUGGUUAUCAGGAAGAGAUUGAUGAUAUUUUGAAGGGUGAAUUCACCUACGAAGGCAUUAUUUCUCCAUAUUCGGUAACUUUCAAUCAUAAUGACAAGUCGAUUCAUUCAUUAAAAUUUAUAAUUCCUAUUAAAUAUCCUCGUAUACCUCCAUCGGUAUCAUUCACAGAAUCUAGCAAGAAGAAGAAUAAAGAUAUAUCAGAUAAUCCUGUAGAUACAAGUAUUAUUUCAAAAAUUCUUCUUCAAUCUAAAAAUACAGAUUACUUAUCAACUAUUGCUAACGAAAUAUCAUUUCAACUCAAGGGUCAUGGUAGUACUAUCGACCAAGCAGAUCAUAUUUCCGAUGCUUUUGAAACAUUAAAACUUCAAAUCCAAGCCAGGCUUGCCGAGGAUUACAGAAAGCAAUGGUUUUCAGAACAAAAGAAUGCUCGCAUUAAUGUACAGCAUAAUUUUGUUGAUUAUGAGCAACAAUUUCUUUUAUAUUCUCUCUAUUCAGCAUUGAAUGGAGAAAAACCUCUAGAGAAGUGCAAAGAGUUUCUAGAGAAGAAUUUCAAUUUCUUUAUGGAAAGCAAACCUACAAAAGACCAAAUUGAAAAUACAAUCGUCGAAGCUUUCAGUCAAGACAAUAUCGCGCCAUCAAUCAAACAGUUAUUUAUAGUUCAGCGUAAAUACAUGAACGGAAAAGAAAAUAAUUUGUCUUCAAGAUUUACUGAUGAUUUUUCAAUUAUUUAUCCAUUUGGCGUCGGUUAUAUUAAAGCCAGUAACAUUGUAGAUAACAGAGUAUACACAGUUCAAUGCAUGAUCAUCAAGAAACCCGAAGAAGAAAAAAAGAUUAAAGAAGUCGUUAAAGCACUUACUUCUUUACAGCAUCGCAACCUCGUUCGAUACUACAACUCAUGGGUAGAGACAUGCGAUGGCGCUUUGGCCAAAUUAAUUAAUGAUGAUUUCAAAUUAGUCAAAAAGAACCAAAAGCGAUCAUUAACCCGCGAAGAAGCCAUUGAUUUCUCAACAAUUACUCAAGAUUACGGCGAAUUAGAGGAAGAAGAAGAAAAUCCAGAAAACCCAGAGUUAACAACAUAUUUCUUUAUCCAAACAGAAUAUUGCCACAACAGAUCUCUCACAGAUAUCCUUCAGGACAUGUCAUAUCCCGAUAUCAACAAAUCAGAGAUCACACGACAAAUCUUAGAAAUAUUGCACUAUAUUCACAGCAAUGGGAUUGUGCACAACAAUCUUUCUACCGAUUGUAUAUACGUUGAUGACAACUACAUCAUCAAACUUGGUGGUUUUGGUCUUAAUACCAUUGUUAACCCAGACAGCGCAGUUAACACGAAAAGUGAUAUGGAAUCAUUUGCAUAUAUCUUGUUCAAGCUUUUCUACACACGUUCUACGGAAACUACACUUGAAGACAUCCGUCUUGGUAAGUUACCAACAGACUGGUCAUUUGCAUUCCCUAUUGAAGCUAAGAUUGUCUCAUUAUUAGUUCAGCCUAAUAAACGUCCAUCUGCACUUGAUUUACUUCAAUGGAAAAUCAUCAAAACUAAUCCUAAAGAGAAAACGAACAAAGACAUUUCUAAAUACAUGGGUUUUUUAACAUCAGAGUCGGAAAAGCCAGGUAAAUAUUUCCGCGAAGUUAUUUCCACAUUCUUUUCCGAUACACGUCGUCUUCCAUUCCGUUUUGACGAUUUCCGAGAGUCUAGUAACAGCCAGAACCAAACAUUUGAAAUUCGAGGUCAAGUUAUGCGUUCAUGGUAUGACAUCUGCAGUAAGAACAACGCACUUUAUUUCAACACACCAUUCAUCCGCAACGUCAGCGGCAAACCAUCUAAAGACUCAGUCACACUUAUGUUACCGGAUAGCAGUCUUAUUGAUCUUCGUAGCAACCUUACCGAUACAUACGAACAAUGGAUGCAGGAAAACUCAGUUCGAUCUAAACGGUUAUUUAGUUGCAUGCUUCAGUUCAACUGGGAGUCUAAUGAUAAGCACUCACAAGUUGAGGAAGAAGAGAACUUCACAUAUUCCGUUAUUGAACCAACAGAUUCUAUUGAAUAUUACAUCGAAUGCGCUAUGACAGCCAUUACAUUGUUUCAUAAGUUUAUUAGCAACACACAGAUCCGAUGUGAUAUUUUCCAUCCUAUUGUUGAAGAAUUUCUUAAAGACAAUUAUAAUAUUUUCCAACAAGGCUCACGCGAAGUUAUUCGACAUCUUGAAAACUCUAAAGAUGCACGAUAUCUUCAAGCUUCUCGUGAUAUUGAUAUGUUUGUCAAUUCAUGUGGGUUAGAAUACAAACAUAUUAAAUUUGUCAGUCCUAAUUUCCACGAAAUGAAAACGAGUAGCAUGCGCAUGACACUUAAGAUUGUUAAUGAUGUCCCUAUUGCUACCAUCUUCCAAAUGCGGGACCAACAACAUGAUGCAUCCAUCACAUCAGUUCAUAUCAAGAUUCUAGACUUUUUGCAUCAGAUUGGAAAACAAACCACAUCUAAACGAAACAUGAUCCAAGUUACAGUUAAAGGUAUUUCAAGUCUGAGCCAGAAAGACAAACUUGUUUAG